AUGCAUACUUUUCAUCAGUACUUGAGAGGCGAGCGCCUUGUGAUUGCAAAUUUCUUCAUCCUUGUGAUUGCAAAUUUCUUCAGAAGUCUACGUGAUACAUUCUUCAGAGGGUUCAUGAAGUUAAUAACUGUUGCCAAUAUUUUGUGGCCAGAAGUUGGCUCCCAUUUUGCCCACCAGAACAUAAACAUUCGUGAACCAUUCUAUGAAUUUUAUAUGAAGAAACUUACUGGUCUUUUUCUUGGCAUCACCCUAAUUGCUGUGGUCAUACUUGUUCCUACUCAAAUCGCUGGUCGAUUGGCACCUGGGUUGUUCCCAGUAGAUAUCACCUACUUCGGUUACCCUACAACGGACACAUCGAUUUGGCCAGCACUUCAAAACUGUGCAGAUCCACUUUGUGGUGUUCUUCUACUGAGAUUUCUCAUCAGCCAUACUCAUACACUCAUAUACCUUCAAUGGUCAGUGAAGAAGGUUGUGCAGUAUACAGUUCACACUAGACAUGCACUUGGCCUGUCAGCUUUGGUGACUGUCUCGUCCAAUGGAGCUUCUGGACAUUAUGCUGGAAGCAGUGUCACACCAAAAGACAAGCAUAGUAGCACAAAUGAUGCUAAGGAUAAAAGGAAAUCAGUUUCUGUUCAUACAAUCCUAAAUGUGGGGCUUGCAUGGUUGACUGUUGUAAUAUUCAGUUCAGCUGUGCUCAUUUUUCCAAUCUCAGUUGAGCGCGCCUCUUUGUUCGCCAUAAGUCGGCUGCCACUAGCAGGUGGAUUGAAAUCUAAUGAUCUGCUUGCUUUGGUUGUUGGAUUUGGCAUCAUAUCAACUGUUAUUGCCGCCUCUAGUGGUUCAUUUGCGUACUUGACUUCUGGGAGAACACGCCCUCUAGCUUUGAGUCACUCUGUUAUUGUGUUUCUAUGGUUUGUCAUUGUUCCCAUCCUGAUCGGGUUGCUGGUUGAUUUAUCACUAAUAUCACCAUUCAUUGGCAUCCAAGUUCAUUGGCCCCUAACCCCAUUCCUGGCUUAUCUAACCAUCGAAUCACGGGGCUCGAGCCUUACUAAGGCGAAGGUGGGCUGGCCUCCUGGUGUGGUACCUUUGACAUGGUUCCUCCGAGAUAUAUUUGUGCCCGUUGCCACUAGACUGCUUGCUGCUUUGGGUGUCCCCUAUGUGCUCUCCAAGGGUGUUUUCCCGAGAUUUGGUUACUCUACCGCCGCAAACUCAGCGGCGUACCGCCUUGCAUGGCUGGGUGAUGUUAGCUUCUGCACACUCUGCCGUCUCGCCAAGGUGUUCUGCGUUGGACUCUGCCAUCACACCAAGGUGUUCUAUGUGGGACUUUGCCAUCUCACCAAUGUGUUCUAUGUUGGACUCUACAAUUCUAUCAGGGGUGACCCCAUUGUCAUUGGGCAGAGGCUGGAAGACGUCGCCGACGAUCUCUGA